UCGGAAGCAUGUGAUCGCCUCUACACAUGUAUACAGAGCCUCUUAAUUAGUUUCGAAUUUCGCGGCUCGCCUCCAUCCGUCCGCGAUUGGCCGAGCACAGCGCCAACUUUAGCCGCGGCGGCAAGUACGGCGCAAUAAUAGUCGGCCGACCUAACCUCAAAAUUACGGUGGAUCAGACUUACUUCGGGACCCGGUUGAUCUUGGGCGCUGCUGCUGGUCAGCUGUCUCACUCCGCUCACACGACAUACGAAAAUAGUAGUGUACAAUAGCAACAAUAUAAAUCCGCGACAUUUCGAGAAGAGAGAAUCUCCCGUUCUCUCGGGGCGACAAGAAGUAGAAUCGAUAGAAGAUGUCCCUCUGCAUAAGAAGCAUUUCAAACGGUAGCAGAUAUGUUCCUACGUUCGUCGCGAGCGCGCAAGGAUGUGCUUCGCGAAGGUACAGCAGCAGCCGGCAAUUGCCGAAACACGUGAAUCCCGUCUCGACGUCGACUUUUUUGAACGAGUUUCUGGGAUCCAACGUAGCAGUUACCACAACCACUAACGACACCAGGGAAGACUCCAAACUGUCAAAUUGGUCUGGGGAACCGUCGAACGGAGCACACCCUCAUCAGUCAACUUAUGUACAUAUCAAUAGCUUGCUCGAUGCCUAUGGUAUUGACAAUAUCAACAGUGAAAAUGGCAUACACACCGUUGCCAGUCAUCAAACCUACGAAUCGCUACCCCAGGAUAUUAAUCAGGUUUCUUACGUGACAUCCUCAAGGGAUCCGCUAGUCUUAUCCAACCACCUGAAAACAUAUGAGAGCCAAGUGCCAGUCAUUGAUCAUGAUCAAAGCUGGACGUAUGCAGAUCCUAUGAUAAUGGGCUCGACAGUUAUGGGUACAUGUACCAAAGAUCAAACCAAAGUCAGUUUUUCAACUGUACCGAAGAGCUCUCUUUCUUCGCUUGAACAAGAAAGUUUAGUUAAAUCAUCGACUGAUAAGGGUGAAGCUAAAAAACCGGAAAACAAGAAUCUCGAGCAUAUUUACCAGACCUUGAGUGUCGAUCUUCCUGGUUUUUUCACAAAAUCACUUGAUUAUACAAUCUACCAUUCAGAAAUUGAGUUUGUCAAUAACAUCAGAGGAACAGUUACCAGGGGUAUAUAUAACUAUGUCAAACAAAUGGCUUUUCUGAGAACAAUAGGACAUAUCAAAUAUGCCUAUGUUAAGAUGGAUGUUUUGAAAAUAACGAUGCACACUCAAGAUAACACUAUCAGAGUACGUUGGCGUAUAAACGGUAUAAAUGGGAUAAAAGUUUUGUUUUCGUUUUGGAAAUUCAAAAUUUGGAAAAUCCGAGAAGCAUUCAAAGAGCAGGAAUGCUGGUAUGACGGCUUCUCAACUUUCUACGUCGGAGAUGAUGGCAGGAUUUAUAAGCACGUCGCCGACAAAAUGAUGCCUGAUGAAGAGGCGGAAGAAGUUAAACCAAAAGGCGGCAUACCAUCCAAGUUAGCAUCUCAGCUUACUACAUUCUCGAGUCUUAAUUGAUGUAGUGUUAUCUCCGUCAAUUGCUACAGUUGUACAUCCUGCAUCGAAUCGUCAAAACCUCAAUGAGAUCGACAAUUUUUUUUAUUACUCUGCAAUCGACGUGUAUGUAAGUUUAUUUAAAAGAUACGUAAGUUUGAAACUAUAAUGCAAUCCAGUGAUUAUGUUGUAUUACAAACGUUAGAGUAUUCUAAUAGCCGUAUCGAUUUGUAAAAUAUUUAUGAAAAAACUGUUGUAUACCUUGUUUAGAGCUAGAUGCAACAAUGUGCUACUGCAAACAUUACAAACUCAGUCAUCAUUAUCAUUCUCAUUAUCUCGUAAUCGUGAUCAUCGCUACAGUUAUCUCUAUUUUAUUAUUAUUUACGAACAAUUGUUAGCUGUAAAUAAUACAAAAGUAUUGUUAAACAUUAAACGAAUUUUAGAGAAAAUUUACUCUUCCAUGCAUCAGUCACUUAUCUCUCGGGGAUGAGGAAUCCUGCUUUAUCGACAUAACGAAUCUACGCUUACUAACGAAAAGUACAUAGGAGAAGGAUUUCUAAAGAUAAAUCUUUAUUCAUAAACUCUGUAAAUUUACAACUUCUUUUCUAAAACUUCAUAUUUACAUGAAAUAUAGCAGUAUAUAACAACAUUAUUUACGUACAUUCAUUCACGAGUACGUUGAAAAUUUCUCGUCGUGCACCUCGAUUAGACACACUCGAUAGUCGCACUCGCAUCUUAUACUUAUACUCGUUCAAUUCGUUAUCUCGCAAUCUAUAUUUCAUUGCAACGGCAAGCUAAAAGCCACUUAUCAAACUACGCUCGCUCAGUCGUAAGGAAUCUCUCUAAUCAAUCUGACGAAGCUUCGAAAUAAGGAAAAGAAAGAAUAAAACUGAUAACAACCGGGCGCUUCAA